GAAAAUAUACUGGUUUUGGUUUUGUAGAAGCAUUUAUCGAGUUGCGAGUAACAAUCUGAGAACUGAGAUUCCAUUCUGUUCUGUUUUGUUCCUUCUCCCAAUGGAAAUGGAUUCCAUUCCAAACGGAAACAACACUGCCGCCGGAGCCCAAAUCGGAGCUAUCGCCGCCGUCAACCCUACACCCGCUCCGUCCUCCAACCUCCCUCGACUCACGGAAUCUCUCAAGCUCGAACACCAGUUCCUUAGAGUCCCUUUUGAACACUACAAGAAAACCAUCCGUGCCAACCACCGAGUCGUCGAGAAAGAGAUGUCCGCCGUUAUCUCCGGCGUCUCUGAUGCCGCCGGUUCUGACUUAUCCCCUGACGACGCCGUCAAUCACCUUAACUCUCUCGUCUCUCGCCUCCAAGGGCUCAAGAGAAAAUUGGAAGAAGGUAAUCGAGCAGAGAAUUUGCAAGCGCAGAAGUGCCGUGUGCGCAUCGAACAUUUGGAAUCUGCUGAGGCAGAAAAUAUGUCUGAAUGGAAUACCACUCGCUUGAAGCGGAUUCUUGUUGAUUAUAUGUUGAGGAUGUCGUAUUAUGACACUGCAGAGAAACUUGCUGAAUGCAGCAACUUGCAGGAUCUAGUUGAUAUUGAUGUAUUCCAAGAGGCAAAAACGGUUAUUGAUGCUUUGCAAAAUAAGGAUGCUGCACCUGCCCUAGCAUGGUGUGCUGAUAACAAAUCAAGGCUGAAGAAGUCUAAGAGCAAGUUGGAGUUCCAGUUGAGACUUCAAGAGUUCAUAGAAUUGGUAAGAACUGAAAGCAAUUUAAGAGCCAUCGCGUAUGCUAAGAAGUAUCUUGCACCAUGGGCAGGCAACCACAUGAAAGAACUGCAGGAAGUCACAGCAUUACUAGCUUUUAAAAGAGAUACACCGUGCACAAAAUAUAAGGUCUUAUUUGAACCUAAACAAUGGGAUUAUCUAGUAGACCAUUUCAAACAAGAGUUCUGCAAGUUAUAUGGCAUGACUUUAGAGCCUUUGCUCAAUAUCUAUCUGCAAGCUGGACUUUCGGCUCUCAAAACUCCAUAUUGUUACGAGGAUGAUUGCACAAAAGAAGAUCCUCUAUCACAGGAGGCUUUCCGCACACUAGCCUUGCCAUUACCAUAUUCAAAGCAGCAUCACUCAAAACUUGUUUGCUACAUAACAAAGGAGCUAAUGGACACGGAGAACCCACCGCAAGUCUUGCCCAAUGGAUAUGUUUAUAGCACCAAGGCUCUUGAAGAGAUGGCUAAGAAGAAUAAUGGUAGAAUCAUCUGCCCAAGGACAGGUUUAGUUUGCAGUUACACAGAACUGGUCAAGGCAUAUAUUUCAUAAAUCUAAAUACUUAAAUUUGAUUAAUGAUUGAAAAUGUGAACCCUGCCAUUGGCUUCAAGCUACUGUGGCUUUCAGAUUGGGAAUGUUUGCAAAGUUACUCUUACGACCCUUUCAUUAACCAGUCAAUAUAUUUAUUUAUAUGUGUUCCGGUCUUUACUUAAAGCUUGUACAUAUGUAAACUGUUUUUAGUAUCACUUGGAUGACUUAAACAUGUGCAUAGAUUGAUUUAGUAUUUUCCAUUGUAAUGAACUUCUCUUUCAUGGGAUUAUGGAUUGAACUUACCAGUAGAGGUUCUUUUUAA